UACAGCUUAUUCCAUUCUGGCUUAGACUCAGUGGGGUUUAUAAGGCAAGACUUUGAGGAGUGAUGUUUUUGGAAACAGAAAAAAGACAAACACUGUAAUGUCUGGUCGAGGAAGAGUAAGAGCAAGGGGCCCAGGGAGAAGAGCAGGCCCAAGGAGAGGGCAAGGUAGAGGUGUAAGAAUGCGUGGUGGUGGCAUUCCAAGGGCUGCAAGAACAGUAGUCAGUGAUGAAAUUCGUGCCACUAUCAUUGACCAUGUAAUCAACCAUGGUCUUUCCCUAAGAGAGGCUGGUGAAAGAGUGCAGCCCAAUUUGAGGCGGUCAACGGUUGCCUCCAUUAUACGCAUCUUUCAACAAACCAACAGAAUGCAACGUCUUCCACCCUCUGGGGGAAGAGGAAAGCUCCUCAGUAAUGAUCAAGAGCUUGCCAUUGUAGAAAUGGUUGCUGCAAAUAAUGCAAUAAAACUGCGUGAAAUUCAAACUACAAUUGUGGCGGACCAUGAGAUAUUUGACAAUAUCGAUAGAAUCAGCCUCACAACCAUUACGCGGACAUUGUCCAAACACAGAGUGCGGAUGAAGCAGCUCUACACUGUUCCCUUUGAGAGGAACAGUGAGAGGGUCAAGGAGCUACGACGACAAUAUGUCCAGAGAGUUAUGGAAUUGGAGGCCAACCAGGCCCCUCAUGAAUUCAUAUACAUCGAUGAGGCAGGAUUCAAUCUGGCCAAAAGGCGUCGACGUGGACGAAAUGUAAUUGGAAAAAGGGCCACAGUUGAUGUGCCAGGACAGAGAGGGGCAAACAUUACCAUGUGUGCAGCAAUUGCAAAUGCAGGAUUACUCCUUCACAGAUGUCAGGUUGGACCCUAUAAUACAGAGCGCUUGCUUGCCUUUCUCAAUGAUCUCCACCAGCGCCUGGUUCCAGAGCAGGGUCAGGAGGGUGAAAACAUGAGGACCUUUGUAAUUACUUGGGACAAUGUGGCUUUCCAUCACUCGCAAGCAAUAACAACAUGGUUUGAAGUCCACCCAAGACUGGUAAGUCUCUUCCUUCCACCCUAUUCACCUUUCCUCAACCCCAUAGAGGAGUUCUUUUCUGCAUGGAGGUGGAAGGUUUAUGACCAUGAGCCACAUGACCAGAUGUCCCUCCUUGAAGCCAUGGAUGCUGGCUCCAGGGACAUCACAGUUGAUGAUUGCCAAGGGUGGAUCUGACAUACCAGGCGGUUUUAUCCCAGGUGCAUCGACUUGGAUAACAUCAGAUGUGAUGUUGAUGAAAACAUGUGGCCUAACCCUGAAGAUCGCAGAGAUUAGAU